AUGGGCACCCAUGUCGGUGAGCGGUCGUUAGAUUUAGUGGAUGCAGUGUUGGCCCACACACUACGAGAAGUCAGUUUUAGGUAUUUCAGCCAUAAAGUUGAGCUAUGUAAAUCUCCGAAAAUUGGAUUCGACAAGAGGAUGGCGAAUUUGGGUAUUGUGGGAAGGAAUAAAGAGUACUGUGGCCCUGGAUGCCAAUCGGGCCCGUGUUCCCCAACCCCUAGCAGUGGUGUUUCUGUGCCUGAUAUUGUCACUCAAGAUUUCUUUAAUGCUAUAAUUAAUCAAGCUCCUGCAGAUUGUCCUGGCAAGAACUUCUAUUCAAGAAAUGCAUUUCUUGAAGCUCUUACAUCAUAUUCUAAUUUUGGACAAGUUGGUUCUAGUGAUGAUUCUAAACGUGAGAUUGCAGCUUUUUUCGCGCAUGCCACCCAUGAGACUGGAUAUUUUUGCAAUACAGAAGAGCAAAAUGUUCCUGCUGAUAAGAACUAAUGUGACACUUCCCCACAAUACAGAGACUAUAAUACAGAAGAGCAAAAUGUUCCUGCUGAUAAGAACUAAUGUGACACUUCCCCACAAUACAGAGACUAUCCAUGUGCUCCAGGCAAGAGAUACUUCGGGCGAGGUCCUCUGCAACUAACAUGGAACUACAAUUAUGGACCUGCUGGCAAUAAAAACAACUUUGAUGGGUUAAAAUCACCUGAAAUUGUGGCCAGAGAUCCUAUUAUUGCAUUUAAAACUGCCUUCUGGUAUUGGAUGACCAGUGUCAGGCCUGUUGUGACUCAAGGAUUUGGAGCUACAAUUAAAGCCAUUAUUGGUGAUGUUGAAUGUGGUGGAAAAGAAGCUGCCAAAGUUCGAGCUAGAAUUGAUUUGUACACCAAAUAUUGUAGCCAAAUUGGUGCUUCUCCUGGAGGUAAUCUCGAAUGCUAAUUCGAUUUCCAGAGAUAUUUCCCUUGUGAAAUUAAAUAAUUGAUGUACCCUCUAAUGUAGAGAGGUGAAAAUAGUUGAGUGAGAUUAGAUUCUCCCCUUUUAAAAAUAAAUAAACUUUCAUAUUUAUGAUUUUC